UUAAUUUUAUUUUUUUUUGUUCCGUCUCUUGUCCCUUUUUUUUUUUUGUUGUUGUUGCUCUUGUUGUUGUUGUUGUUGCCGUUUUCGGUUUGCUCUUCCCGAGUUGCUCCAGAUGACGAUGCUACUCGACGGCGGACCGCAGUUCUCUGCGCUCGGAGUUGGGGGUUUCGGAACGCCAAGGCACCACGAGAUGGGAAACAGGGAUCCGGGUUUGGGGCUCAAUCCCUUUGGAGAGUCUUCCCAUUCCGCGGCGUUCAAGCUGAGCCCCGUGGCUCACGACAUCUCUUCCAGUCAGACCUCGGCGUUCACCCCGCAGGCGUCCGGAUACGCCACCGCUCUCGGACACCACCACGGCGGCCAGGUGGGCUCCUACGGCGGCGGAGCGUUCAAUUCAGCCCGAGACUUUUUGUUCCGAAACCGCGGCGCCGGCAUCGGGGAUUCUGCAGCGGCCGGCGGCCAGCACGGGAUCUUUGCUCCGUCGGCCGGCAGCCUGCACGGACCUCCGGGCAUCUCCGACAACCCGGGGCACCUCCUGUUCCCCGGGCUGCACGAGCAGACCGCGAGCCACCCGUCCCCGAACGGGCACGUCGUGAACGGCCAGAUGCACCUGGGCUUGCGCGGGGACCUCUUUGGACGGCCAGACCCGUACCGACCCGUCGCCAGCCCCCGGACGGACCCCUACGCCACUGCCCAGCUGCACAACUACAACCACCCCAUAAACAUGAACAUGGGGAUGAACGUGCCGACGCAUCACGGUCCGGGGGCAUUUUUUAGGUACAUGAGACAGCCCAUUAAGCAAGAAAUGUCCUGUAAAUGGAUAGACGAGACCCAGAUGAACCGACCCAAAAAGACCUGCGACAGGACUUUCAGCACAAUGCACGAGCUGGUGACACAUGUCUCUAUGGAACACGUUGGCGGCCCAGAACAAAGUAACCACAUUUGUUUCUGGGAAGAUUGCCCUAGGGAAGGGAAAUCUUUUAAAGCCAAAUAUAAACUGGUGAAUCACAUCAGAGUGCACACGGGAGAGAAACCGUUCCCCUGCCCAUUCCCCGGUUGUGGAAAAAUAUUUGCCCGCUCGGAAAAUCUGAAAAUUCACAAACGAACUCAUACAGGUGAAAAGCCCUUUAAGUGCGAGUUCGAGGGAUGUGAUAGACGCUUUGCAAACAGCAGUGACAGAAAAAAACACAUGCAUGUCCACACCUCCGACAAGCCGUACAUCUGCAAAGUGUGCGACAAGUCAUACACACACCCCAGCUCUCUCAGGAAACACAUGAAGGUUCACGAGUCGCAGGCCUCGGAGUCCUCUCCGGCAGCAAGUUCGGGGUACGAGUCGUCCACGCCACCAGCCCUGGUUUCGACGAGCACCGAAGACCCGACAAAAACGCCUCCUUCAGCAGUGCAAAACACGCCAACUCAUAGCGAGGGACUUCCGCCCAACUUUAAUGAAUGGUACGUUUGAAAUCGAGCAAAGCAAGACUCUGAAAUGGACCAAAAGGUUAAGGAAAACCUAAAAUCCACACGCGCCCUAAGGUGUACAAAGGGGAAACGAAAUCGCAUUGGAGGACAUGAAAUUUUAUUUCAGUAGGCAUAUAGAGCGUCGGGCAGGCCUCGUCCUUUCUCAGGAUUAGAAACUGACUUUUAUUGGGAGUACGAAAAUGAAAAGAAAAAUAGAAAGGGUUUCGUUUUUAGUUUCCAGGUUUCAGAUAAUUUUAUUUUUCAUUUGUUUUUUUUUUUAUUAAAGGAAGAAUCUUUCACGGUGUGUUCUACGACGAUGGUGAUUUUCAAUAUCGCCUUAGAAUUGAUUGUUAAACCUUCACACAGUCUUAAGAAACGUGCCAAAGUCUUUUAUGUCUUGAACUUGAACAAAAAAUAAAUAUAUACUCGUGAAUGUAUUCCUUGUUUGAUGGGGUCGACUCUAUUGUUAACGUCCGUUUUCAGGUGGAGAAUGUGGUAUUGUUAGAAUAACGAUUGUUACCGUUGAAUAUACCGUUGCCUUUUGUAAUAACUUUGUAAAUACAUAUCCAUGAUGCCAUAUUUAUCAAUUUGUAAUUUAAUUAUCGGCAUAAGUUCCGAAACUGAAAUGAUAUUUAUGGAAAUGUUUUCUAACAAGACUAUGUACAGUUUUGGGUUAUAACCAUCUUAACAUUAAAAUCCUCGAAUUUAAAGAUCA